AUCAGAGCGGAGCGCGGACGGUUUGAGAUCGAGCUGCGCGUUUGAUGCCACACAGACCGACGGUGACUAACGGUUAGAGCGGAGGACCGCAGAGGAAAUAUUAUCGCUUUUUCCCACAUAUUUCUGGACUUUGGAUAUUUGGUGGUCGCUCAGCAUGGCCGUGACUGAAGCUGGAUGUGAUCUAACUUACUGCAAAAUGAGGGGAAUUGUUGCCGUUCUCGCCGCUUUCAUCAAGGAGAGAAAAAUGGGGCUGAAUGACUUCAUCCAGAAGCUGGUGUCUACCCCGCAUAUCUGCCAACAUGUUGAAGUUAACAACUUCCUGAAGAUAGAUGAGAAUCAGAACGAGGAGGUUGAAAAUGAACUUCCUGAUAGUGAUAUGUGCCUAAAUUCCCGAAGUUCACUGGCUGAGGACACUCAGAUCAAACCCUGUGAUUUUGACUACCUCAAAAUCAUCGGAAAAGGCAGCUUUGGAAAAGUUUUGCUGGCUCGGCAUAAGGAGACCACUAAGUACUACGCUGUCAAAGUGUUACAGAAGAAAAUCAUCCUGAAGAAGAAAGAGCAAAAGCAUAUCAUGGCUGAGCGCAGCGUGCUGAUGAAGAACAUCAAGCAUCCCUUUCUGGUGGGACUGCACUACUCCUUCCAGACUACUGACAAGCUGUACUUUGUGCUGGACUAUGUCAAUGGUGGAGAGCUGUUCUACCAUCUCCAGAGAGAGAGGAUCUUCCUGGAGCCCAGAGCCAGGUUCUACGCUGCUGAAAUUGCAAGUGCACUUGGCUACCUCCACUCUCUGCACAUCGUGUACAGGGACCUGAAGCCGGAGAACAUCCUGCUAGACUCACAGGGCCACAUUGUCCUAACAGACUUUGGCCUCUGCAAAGAAGGCCUUGAGCCCAAUGGUACAACAACAACCUUCUGUGGGACGCCUGAGUAUUUGGCUCCUGAGGUUCUCCAGAAGCAGGCGUACGACCGCACUGUCGACUGGUGGUGCCUGGGAUCGGUGCUCUACGAGAUGCUCUAUGGACUUCCCCCAUUCUACAGUCGCAACACGGCUGAGAUGUACAACAACAUCCUGCACAAGGCUCCGGUGCUCAAGCCCAACGUGUCGAAUGCAGGCAGGGACCUGCUGGAGGGGCUCCUGCAGAAGGACCGCACCAAGAGGCUGGGAGUAAAGGAUGACUUUCUUGAACUCAAGUACCAUUCAUUCUUCUCUCCAAUCAACUGGGAGGACCUGAUGGCCAAGAAGAUCACGCCUCCAUUUGUUCCCUCAGUGUCUGGUCCCACAGACCUCCGACACUUUGACCCCGAGUUCACCCACCUGCCAGUGUCAUCCUCUCUGUGCACAGACACGCUGACCGUGACCAGCAGCAUCAAGGAAGCAGCCGGAGCCUUUCCCGGCUUCUCUUACGGGCCUCCGGCCGAGCACUCCUUCAUGUGAACGCCAACGUUUUUCUGCGUCUGUCCCGAGGACGAACAGGAAGCAGGACAAAAGCUCCGGACUGAGUGUUGUUUUGACACAUGGACCACACCGGAGCGGCCUGUCUCGGAGGACGUUAUAAGAGGAUCUAACUGACACGAAUACUGGGGGUGGGGCGGGCAGAUCUUGAGAGAGCUUGUGCAUGAGCAGUGUACAGAUGGGGGACUCUCAUGUUACAACACCACUGGCCCUACACUCUUCUGCCUCAACCAUCAAACUGUAAUAUAUAUAUGUGCCAAGUACGGAUGCUCUCCGUGGUCCUGAAACAUCUCUGAUGGCUCCGGUGACGUGACAUGAAGGAAAGUGCCUGAAGUUCAAAAGGCAGUCUGGAUGGCGGCAGCAGCAGAGCCGGCUUAUCAAAAACAUCAAGAACGUUUCUUUAUUUUGGGACUUUUGAUGAGAACGCGAGCCGUUUAGAGGUGAUGCCUUCAUUUCAUUUCUACAUAAGUCCAAGCUCUUUAUUUUUCUUAAUAUUCACACUGUGUUUUUGUCUUCAUAUGAAUGCUCGAUUGCACUCGAGGAAACAAGGGUCAUGAAAAAUUAAGCUUUUUUUUCUUUGCUUGAAACAUCAGAAACUUUGGGUUAGAUGGCCGUAUAUAUCUCUCAUUUAGCUUCAUAUCUCUGCUCUGAAUCAAAAAGAAAUAACAGCAUGUUGAUAUUUUACACAAAUCUUGGACCAAACAGACUCAUUAAGACUUUUUUUUGACCCGUUUGUCCUCAAACUGAACUUUUACUGUACUGUGUAGAGAAAAAAAGAAGUUACAUUUAUUUUAUUAACCACAAACAUCAACUGUUUACGACAUUAUUAAUAAGUUCUAAAUGUUGAUUAGCAUAUACAAAUUUCCAAGUAGAAUUAUUCCACAUAUAUAGCAAUAUAAUUUAUUUUGGGGUCUUCACCUCCUCACCAUCUUCAUCUAGCGACUAUGUUGGUCUAUAUCUGCUGUUUGCAAACUUUACAAAGGACUUCUGAGGAGUUCAACCAGCAAUAACAGCCCCACAUCAGUGACAGCACAUACAUACUGUAUAUCAAUCCUAUUUUAACUUAAGUGAUUGCUGUUUUACUGCAAACACUCCAAACUAGAGUCGAUGAUCACAAAUGUCUUUGUAUUUAUGCAUCAUGUAGAGAACUGUGAAUGUCUUGUGCCUGUCCGAGGCAGCCUGAUCUCUGUAUACUGUAUGUACAUAUCUCUCUCUCCCCCCUAAACCUGUUGGUCCUUUUUUUUUCUAGAAAGGUAUCUUUAAAAGAAAAGUGCUUCGUGGGCGGACCAGCUUCUGGUGUCCUGCAUAAGAUGGUUCUGGAAAGUGCAAUAAAAUGUUGUUAACAUGGAAAGAGUUAUUAAAUAUUUUAUCUUUUUAUCAAAAGUGUAAGGAAGAUUCAUGCUCUGAUAGUCAUUAUUAAAAGAGGCUCGUCAAUUAAGCAUGGAUUACUCAUGAUAUCGUUUUAGGUUUCUGCAUCCCAAAAAAAUUAAUGUUUAAGCCUGCUGAAAAUAAUAAUACUAAAAAACAAGGCAGCACAGUUCUAGAUCAUUUUCUUCCAUAUUUGGAAGUAUUAAGUUUCUGUUUUGUAUUUUUUAUGUAUAUUUAUUUUCAUGCCACUGCUACUGUACAACCAAUUUACAUGAUCAACUGAAAAACUGAACUGUAAUCUGUGUCAGAAAUGGCAAAUAAAGUCUCUAAAUCCAA